UGUGUGUGUGUUUGCUGCUGCAGCGUGUUUUGUCUUUAUAUGGUUCUCGGCUCUCUGCUGCCUCUGCUCAGCGGUUCAACGACACGGCGCUGAAAAACCUGAGCUGUGACUCCAGCCGAUCCACGUGAUUACAUCAGCUUCAUGAUUCUGACCAAUCAAAACGACAGGAACAGAGCAGGUAAUGAGACGGUGUGAGUAACCUCACCACACACACACACACACGCUCUGAUAAUCAGUUAAUCUGCUUCAUGGUGAUGAAUGAAUCACGAUGACUGUAGGUGAUAUGUAUGAGUUGAUGGAGGAGGUGGAGGUGUUUGCAGUCUGCAGAGACUCUGAGAGUCGUGAAGAUAAUAAAACUAAAGCCGCUCGUGGGUUUAACAGCUGAACGCUUUUCCCAGCAGCAGCUCUGCAGGUGGUUUCAUCCCUCCUGAAGACGACCUCUGACCUCUGUGGAGUUUUAGUGCUGUGUGUUUGCAGGAUUCCAGUAAGGAUGGAGGAGCCCACUACACUCUGGUGUGGAUGCUGUGGGUGUGGGUGCUCUGUGACGACUCUUCUAGCUGCUCAGGACAAAAGCAUCUUUCUGUUUUAAAGUAAAGACACAAACCCUGACUCUUUUUUCAGACUUUAUUUCAUUGAUGGUCCAUAAACUGGUGUUUGCUCACUGCAGGUGGCAGUAAUUACACUGUCCACAUGUUUCAGGUGAGCUGAUGAAACACUUCCUGUGAGUUCAGAGUGCACUCGUCUUCUUCCUGCUUCACUCAAACGUCUCACAUUCUCCCGCAAAAACAUUUCUGUCUUGUGUCCUGUUUGUGUGUGUGUUUGUUUUUCUCUCUCUCUUAUCAGAAGGUCAGGUCAAAGGUCAGGAUGGAGUAUGUCCUCAGUUUCCUGUUGGACCAUGAUUGUGUUUCUGUGUGAGAGUCAGUGCUGCCCUCUGCUGGAGGACUCAGUCCAUCACAUGCUGAGCCUCAGAGUGAAGCUGUUCCUCUGCCCUGCAUUACAACAUCUAUCCAUCCACACAGGCCACUAGGCCCAGGACCCUCCUGCUGCCACCAGGCCCAGGACCCUCCUGCUGCCACCAGGUCCAGGAUCUUCCAGCAGCCACUGGGCCCAGGACCCUCCAGCAAGGCACCAACAAGUAAACCGACAGUGACUUCAACGGGCCAUCACAAGGUUACACCAAUCUCACCAUUUUCAAAAUGCUGCCUAAAAAAGCAAACCCAGGAGUUGAAGAGGAGUUGGAGGACAUUAGGAAAUCACUUAAUUUCAUGUCUGAUGAACUGAGCAAAGUGGCUAAACAACAGGGUAUGCUACAUGACCUAAUGGAUGAGAUAAAACAACUAAAAAACUUGAUAAAGGAGAAGGACAAGAAAAUAGACUUGGAACGGCGAAUCGAGGACCUUGAACUAUACAGAAGAAUGGAUGACUUAGUCAUAAGUGGACUGGAGACGCAACACCGAACCUACGCCAGAGUAACAGCUGGCGGAGGUAAAGACGGUGAAGAUGCCCCGGUAUCCUGGCCACAUAAAUGACAAGUUUGGACACAGAUUAUAGGUUUCCAUUCAGAGAUAUUGAAGAGGAAGACUCUGAUUAUGAAAAGGACUGUCAAGGAGGUUAUUUUGCCACACGCUGAGAAAAUGAACUUCAAAACGUUUAACUAUGCAGAGCACAACAUGCAUGACCCUGAAAGUAACACUGACCCAGAUAACCACUUCUACAAUAACAACAAUAAUACUUGUGAGUACUAUACAGACGACCAAUUCAAUAUGAAUAUUAAAAUGGCAAAUGCAUUGUCAGUCAUACAUUUCAAUAGUAGAAGCCUGUAUAAAAAUCUUUUCUAAAAUUACAGAAUGUUUAAGUAAGUUAAAAAAGUUUAAUAUAAUUGCAAUAUCAGAAACAUGGCUCGAUAAUGAGAAAGUUAGUGAAAUGGGAUUGGAAGGAUACGAAUUAUUUACAAUGAACGGGGUGAAUAAAAAAGGAGGCGGUGUUGCUUUAUAUGUAGAUAAAGUUUUGAAAUGUAGUCUGAUUGAAUGUAUGUCAAGCACCAUAGAUGACGUAUUGGAAUGUGUUACUAUUGAAAUCCAUGUUGAAAAAGCUAGCAAUAUAAUUAUAAGUUGCAUCUAUAGGACACCAGGAUCAUGCCUUGACACAUUCAAUGAAAAACUUGAUGCUAUGUUUAGCAACCUAAAUGAUAAAAAAGUGCAAAUAAUUUGUGGUGAUUUUAAUACAGAUUUGCUAAACCCAGAAAACAACAGAUUUCAUCAAUACAAUGUAUAGUAACUGCCUUUUCCCUGUAAUUAUAAAACCAAGUAGAAUAACAAUUGAUACAUCUACACUGAUAGAUAAUAUAUUCACAAAUAAAAUUGACUAUGAAAUAGUAGGUGGACUUCUUAUAACUGAUAUAAGCGAUCAUCUUCCUGUUUUUGCAAUUUUUCAAAAUUAUUUUGGGAUUAAAACUAAACAAAAGAAUCAAACAUUUGACAUGAUACGACAUAGAACAACAAGAGCCAUUGCUGCCCUCCAGGUGGACUUAAAGGAACACAAUUGGAAUGAGGUUUUUGCAAAUGAAGAUCCAAAUAGUGCAUAUGAUGCAUUCCUAUCAACUGUAUUUUCACUAUAUGAAAAACAUUGUCCUUUAAUGAAAAUCACUAGAAAGCAUCACAGAUCAAAUAAGCCAUGGGUCACAAAGGGGAUAGAAGAUGCAUGUAAAAAGAAAAAUAAUCUAUAUAAGAGAUUCAUAAAACAGAGGAUAAAAGAUGCUGAAAUAAAGUACAAGUUAUAUAAAAAUAGAUUAGUAAAUAUUAUAAGAACAAGUAAGAAAGAAUAUUACCAAACAUUAUUGGAGCAAAAUAGAAGUAACACACAAGAAACAUGGAGGAUAUUAAAUAGUAUAAUCAAAAAGGGCUCAAAAAAUAAGAAUUAUCCAGAUUAUUUUAAAAAAGAUAAAGAUAUUGUGCUUGAUAAAACUAAAGACAUUGCAAAUGAAUUUAAUGAUUUCUUUGUAAAUGUUGGCUUUAAUUUAGCAAAAGAAAUUCCAGAGUCAAGAAAUAAUAACGACCUAAAUAAACAUAUUACUCAGAAUGUGUCCUCCAUGUUUAUUGGUGCUGCAACUCAUAGAGAAAUAAUUAACAUUGUGAAGACAUUUAAAAAUAAAAAGUCCACUGACUGUUUUGGUAUUGACAUGAAAUUAGUUAAGAGUAUUAUAGAAUAUAUAGUGAAACCUUUCGCAUACAUCUGUAAUCUGUCCUUUCGAACUGUUUCCCUCAAAAAUGAAAAUAGCAAAAGUUAUUCCAAUCCAUAAACACGGAGAGAGAUGUCAGUUUACCAAUUACAGACCUAUAUCACUACUCCCACAGUUCUCAAAAAUUUUAGAAAAGUUAUUUGUUAAUAGACUUGAUAAAUAUACUGAGAAGUAUAAUCUCCUAAGUGAUAACCAAUAUGGCUUUAGAGCGAAAAGGUCCACUUCGAUGGCAGUGAUGGAACUUGUAGAAGGGAUAUCUAAUGCAAUAGAUAAUAAGGAAUAUACUGUUGGUGUUUUUAUAGACUUACAAAAGGCGUUUGAUACAACUGAUCAUUCUAUAUUAAUGAAUAAACUAGAGAGAUAUGGCAUAAGAGGGAUAGCAUACAAGUGGAUGAAAAGUUACCUGGAUGACAGAUGUCAAUAUGUUGAAAUCAAUAAUGUAAAAUCUAAUCAGUUGAAGGUAACUUGUGGUGUUCCUCAGGGCUCUGUGCUGGGCCCUAAAUUAUUCAUAUUAUAUAUAAAUGACAUAUGUAGUGUUUCCAAACUGUUAAAAUGUGUAUUGUUUGCGGAUGAUACCACUCUGUAUUGCUCAGGUAAAAACCUAGAACAGCUUCUGACUACAGCGGAAAAGGAGUUAAAUAUAUUAAAAAACUGGUUUGAUACAAAUAAGUUAUCGUUAAAUAUAAAGAAAACAAAAUUUAUUAUUUUUGGCACUAGACAAAUGAAAAAUGUAUCUAAAAUCAAGGUUAAUGGAAUUGAAAUUGAAAGAGUGUUCGAAAAUAAAUUUCUUAGGGUGAUAAUUGAUGAUGAGCUGAGCUGGAAGUCUCAUAUAAACCAUGUGAAAACAAAAAUGUCAAAGACCAUUGCUAUUCUCUACAAAACACAGCAUGUCCUGAACAAGGAAUCAUUAUACACACUUUAUUGUUCUCUGUUGCUUCCAUAUAUGACUUAUUGUCUGGAGAUAUGGGGUAAUGCAUAUAAAACAAAUACUCUUCCCAUUUUCAAGUUACUAAACAGAGCUAUAAGAAUUAUAAAUCAGUCAAACUAUAUAGAACCAACUAACAUUUUGUUUAUUAAUCUGAAUACCCUGAAAUUUUAUGAUUUAGUUGAAUAUAAAAUGGCACAGAUAAUGUAUAAAGCACAAAAUAACUCGCUUUGCCGUUAGAGAGAGAGUCAGAGAGAGUCAAUAUGACUUAAGGGGAACAGAUUUCUUUAAAAAAAACAAGAUAAGGACAAACAUAAAGCAGAGACGUGUUUCUGUUAGAGGAGUUAACCUGUGGAAUAGUUAUGACAGUGAUUUAAAAAGGUGUAGUUUCCUUGU